CUUUCCUGCUCCGAACUGCUGUGCUUUUCCAGCUCCAUAUAUUUUCGCUCCAGCUUCCAGCGUCUGCACUCCGUACUGUCUCCAGGCUACCUGAACCUAUUCCGCUCGUUCACGCAGAAAUUACUGACCUCCUGUGGCAGCUAUUUGCAUGGCUCCCGCACAGACAAAAAUGAAAAUAAUUGCCGGUGUUGGGGAUCUGAUAAAGAGUCACGAAACGUCAACUCUGCUUUCUUCCCAAAUAUGCUACUAAACGUGCUAAGUCGAGCUCGCAAUGUCUGUUGCUCCUGAACAAAUGAUCUUGCUGCCAUCAGAAAGCUCAUUCCAAUAGCUGCUGCUAUCCCGGGUGACGAGCUGCAUCCUCCCUCACGGCUGUUAAUUCUCCAGGUUAAUAAGCCCUUUCGGUGGGCUUCAUUACUGCCGCCUCUGAAGAACAGCUGCCACAUUGUAUACUGUUGCAGCAAAUUGGAAAGGUGCAAAUCUAGAGAAUUUUGAAGAAUCAAUAUCACAUUCCUUUCCAUUGCACCCCAGUUGAUUGGCAUCCUUCUCCAUGGUCCCAUGCCAGUAUAUUCAUCCGCCUAUCAAUUCUUCUGCGCCUCUGCUAGCCAGAGAGGUUCGCCAUUCCUGCCUGACAACCUCCUGGGCAUUAUUUAGCAGCUCUCAGAAUGCCGGGCAACUUGCAACAACUUAUAGCUUCUGCGCAGCUGGAUGAAGAAUGUGCCCCGAACAACCUGGAAAACACAGUUUUGUUGAAAAGAGACAUAAAUGAAGGCGGUGAAAUUAUUGGGAACAAUUCGGGAAAUAUUUGGUGCGCAUUAUUGAUAAACGAGGUAUUAACCACCUUCCCCACUCCGCCCACCCCGCUUCAAUCCACCAGACUGCUGUUCACUGUCUGACACCCUUCUAUAUUUAAAACACCAGUUGUCACUUUCCGAAUAGGCUACAUUCCUAAUCCAUAUAUGUCCAGGUUUGUGGCUGCAGCCUGUAAUGAUGCAGAAUCCGGACUCAAUCACUGUAGUUCAAUUGUUCCAGUCUGGGUUCAAAACGUUCCUUUUGAUGCUGCUCACAGAAUUAAACCGAGAGUGCCUGCUUCACAUUUUCUCCUUCCUGGACAAGGAGAGCAGGAAAGGUUUGUCGAGAGUUUGUCAUGUGCUCCGUGAGAUCUAUCACGACCCAGCUCUAUGGUCGCUACUGUGCUUCUGUUCUCUAUCAGAACUGAAAAGGGAUAACUUUGUUCUGAGCCCCGCGUUACGCUCGCUGUCAAUCUGCUGGCACUCCAGCCGGGUGAAAGUCUGUAACAUUGAGGACUGGAGGAAGAGCAGUUUCCAGCGAGAUAUCUGCAACCAGCACCAACAUCUUGUUACCAAUUUCUUAACUCGGAUAACUAACAGCUGUCCAAACCUGCUGUCAGUGAUACUUUCUGGAUGUGGGCAUCUCACUGAUGGUGACAUUAUACAAAUCCUACAGAAAUGCUCCAAACUGAAUACCUUGAAACUGGAAAACUGUGCGAGGUUAACUGAUAAAACACUGGAGGCCGUGACUAUUUAUGGGAACAGUUUAACCUGCUUUCACGUUGAUUUUUGUCGGAAUAUCACACAGGAGGGGAUUAACCUGGUCCAGAAGAAGUGUCCUUCUCUGUCCUUCAGUGCAGAGCAGAGUGCAAAGAUGAUUCCGGAUCAGCCAAACGGAUGUGAUGCCCUCGUGAGAAGAAUGAACAAACAGUUUCAGUGGUAACAGGAAAUGGAUAUUGCAAUGUGCUGGAAGAAUGCUUGGCAUCACAUAGGCACUGAUUCCUUGAUCGUAGUGAUACCAUCAGCUAAGAGGAGAGCAUACAGACAGUGAAGGAAGAAAGACUGAGACUCUGCACUCUUCUGGCACAUUGUAGUGGUCCCAUCGUAGGAUGUGGUGCCAUGAACUCAGGACUGGGUGCAGUGCAGUGAGUCCAAGAUUGUGCAUGGUACGUGGUCUCAGGACUGGGCAUGGUGCAGUGGGCCAGGGUUGGGUGCAGUGUAGUGGGCCCAGAGAUGGAUAAGAUGCAGUGGGUCCAGAGGUGGCUGCAUUUGUACAGUACCUUUUAACAGUGUAAAAAUUCCCAGGUUGCUUCACAAGCAUCAGUACAGUACAAUAACUUUGGGCAGAUAGGAGUCACUGUUCCUACUGAACUACAAACUCCUUUCCCAAAUCCCAUAUGGCAGACCCUCUACAUCUCUGUAAUGACAAGGGAACUCUCCAAGCUAUUCACCAUCCUUCAGUACCGCUGGGUAAAAUUCCUAGAAUUCCCUCCAUAACAGCAUUGUGGUUCUACCUAUAUUGGGUGGACUGCAGUGGUUCAAGGUAGCUCACCACCAUCUCCUCAAGGUCAACUAGAGACGAGCGAAAAUUACCGCCCAGAUAGAUAUAACCUGCCUGUCAUUGAAUGAAUGAAUAUAAGAUUUCUCCAUGAAUUUUGCAUUCCUUUCAUUCUGGCCUCUUGUACAUUUCCCAUAUUCUUCAGUCCACCACAGGUUACUGUGUAAUCAGGAGUGUAAUCAUCUAAAAUUUUGACACAGAGCCACAGAGAAAUCCUGAUGACAGAUGAGAAAACUUGAUGAUAAGCACAGCUUUUAAAGAGAUUUUGAUAGGACGAGAGAGACGUAAUCGCUGGGAGCGAACCCGAGAACAUAUGGCACAGUUGCCAGUGCUGUCGGGAAAGACGUUUGGGAAUAUACAAGAAACAAAAAUUGGAGGAAUGCCAUAUUCUCAGAUUAUCUGGUUAUUUUAAUUAUUUUAAUUCUGCUGCUCACAAAUUGGCUGCUGAGUUACCUACAUACCAACAGUAAGUGCACUUCAAAAAUAUAUCACUAGCUGUAAACAUAUGGGGAUGUUUUGAGGAUGUGACGGGUACUAAAGAAAUGUAAAUCUUCUUUCAUCUGGCAAAUCUUGAAAGGUUUAGAUUAGAUUAGAUUCCCUACAGUGUGGAAACAAGCCCUUUGGCCCAACAAGUCCACACCACCCCUUGAAACAUCCCACCCAGACCCGUUCCCCCUACAACCCACACACACCCCUGAACACUACGGGCAAUUUAGCAUGGCUAAUCCACCUAGCCUGCACAUCUUUGGACUGUGGGAGGAAACAGGAGCACCCGGAGGAAACCCAUGCAGACAUGGGGAGAAUGUGCAAACUCCACGCAGACAGUUGCCCGAGGCUGGAAUUGAACCCGGGUCCCUGGUGCUGUGAGACUGCAGUGCUAACCGCUGAGCAUUGCUCCCAGCUGUGAUCCAACUGUUUAUUUACUGAGGAAAAACUGUAUUUCUGAAAAAGUGAAUUUCUCUAUUACUUCUACUACACCACUUUUCACUCUCCAACCUCACCUGAUGAAAAAGAACAUUAUUCUCGUCACAAAGAAUUCCACGUAUUUUCACCUUUUCUGGCAAUACUCUUUCUGAAUUGAAACACCUCCUCAUCACUCACCAUCAAAAACUGACUUGCUCCCAUAUGCUUUAAAAAUUUUAAUUUCUUUACCCAUAUAGUCACCUGCUCAUCCUGGAACACAUGAGUAAACCUUACCCACAGAAGUACAUUCUUUAAAGAGAUCUGGUGCUCUUCUCAACAAAUUCCUAAACACGCUGUACACAGUUUUCAGAGAUAAUAGGAAUUGCAGAUGCUGGAGAAUCUGAGACAAAGUGCAGAACUGGAUGAACACAGCAGGCCCAGCAGCAUCAGAGGAACAGGAAAGCUGAUGUUUCGGGUCUAGACCCUUCUUCAGAAAUGGGAGGGGGUGUGGAAGGGGAUUCUGAAAUAAGUUGGGAGAACGGGGGAGGCGGAUAGAAGAUGGAUGAAGGAGGAGAUAGGUGGAGAGGAGACAGACAGUCAAGGAGGCAGGGUUGUAGCCAGUAAAGGUGGGGAAUUAGGGAGGAGAUAGGUCGGUCCAGGUGAGAUGUUAAUAUGAUAACAUCUCAUGAAUAUUUAUGCUCCUUAUCUCCUCACACAGGGGAAUGUGGAACUAAUUUAAACUUACUGCCCGAAUAGGAUUGGGUGGGAAACGUUUGUAAAGGUGUGAGACUUCUGUAAUUCUGUGAAGGGGUGAAACUCCUGUUUCUACUGAAGUGGCCAGGUCAGUGACCUUGGGUCAAGCCAAACACUUCAGCGGAUGAAAUCACAUCCUGUCAUUAUCAGUCACUUUGUGAACGAUCAAUGCUGUAUUCUGUUCUCUUUAUGUCCCAAAUGUAGUAGUUGUUUUAUGUAUCAGCCAUUUCAUAGAGUAUAAAAAGCGGGGACUGUCUGCUGUUCGGGAGAAUUGCUAACAGAACUCUGCACUCUGUGCCGGGUUGCGUAUAGCGAUCCUCCACAGCUUGUACUUGCUUAAUGAUAAAGGCUUGUGAUUUUGUAGCCAGGUCAGUGUCUUGUGAUUGCAUCAAGUCCGUGAGGGUCUCCGAAAAACAAACCUAACAUUUGGCACUGCGAGCAGGUAUCCAACAUGUACAGAGGUCUUAUAUGGAAGACUGAAUAAGUGAUCGUUCGAGUGUUGGUGAUGUGAGACGGACAGGCCCACAAGGUACCUUGGUCUGUCUCACUAACCUGCCACCCGUGCGACCCCUCGUCCCUGCGUGGCUCUGUAUUGACGGAACCCCGAGACGGCUCAUGAUCUGGACACUGAUAAAUCCUAAUGCCUAGAGGUUAGAGUCCCCAGGGCUAUGAUAAACUAAUUCUG